AUGAGUUUUGGAUUUGGCGUUGGUGACUUCAUCGCCAUAAUCAACCAGGCAAGCAAGCUCAGAAAGGCCUUCGUUGGAGCGCCUUCUCAGUGUAAGGAGCUAUCUGAUGAAUUGAGAUCUCUACAGAGCGUCAUACACGAUGUCGAUGUCGAUUUAUCCACUACUGAGCUCAACAGCUACCAACGCGAUGAUUUGACAGUGAUUACAAAAAGCUGCCGCGACACGCUGACAGACAUCGAGAAUGUGGUUAACAAAUACUCCGCGAAAGAGUCCCAUAGUAUCGGAAGAAUUUGGAGGAGAGCCACUUGGGAUUCUGACGAACUGCGUCAUCUUCGGGAUCGGGUUUGCGUCAACGUCGGAAAUCUCAAUGCUUUCAACGGAAAAUUGGCUCGAGUUCAGAUCUCAGAUGUCCUUAUGAACAUGUCCAAUGAGCAAGACCAGAUGUGUCUUGACUGGUUGUCAUCGACAGACCAUGCAGCGCAACAAGGAGAGUACAAUAGUCUUCGGCAACCGGGAAGUGGACAAUGGUUCCUAGGUUCUCAAUUGUUUCAUGAGUGGAUUAGGUUGCCACAGCAGACUCUGUUCUGCCCCGGUAUACCGGGAGCAGGGAAAACAAUUAUUGUCUCGGCAGUGAUUGAUGAGCUGAACAACAUGUACCGGGACAACCCCGAGGUUGGCAUUGCAUAUAUUUAUUGCGAUUUCCAGUAUAUUUACCACGAGAGACAAAAGGUCAACUUUCUGCUGGCAUGCAUUAUCCGGCAGUUAUUGCAAAGCAUGCAAAAAAUGACACCGGGUGUCCUUAAGAUGUUCAACAAUCAUAAGAGCAAAGGAACACGUCCAUCGACCAAAGAACUAUCCGAGGCCUUGCUUUCUGUAAUAAAGGCAGCCCAGCAAGUAUUUAUUAUCAUCGAUGCCUUGGACGAGCUCAAUGAUUCAAACAAAAUUCUGGACGAAGUAUUCGGCCUCCAGGCUGGCGAGAAAGUGAGCCUUCUGGCAACUGCACGGUUCAUACCGGAAAUAGUUGCACGGUUUCAAGGCAUGCCUUUACUAGAGAUCCAAGCAUCGAGAGACGACGUGACAAACUAUCUCAGGACUAGUCUGGAAGCAAUGCCCCACCUUUCAAGAAAGCCGGGACUACACCCAGAGAUUAUAAAAGGAAUCUGCGACGCAGUUGAUGGAAUGUUCCUUUUAGCUCGGCUGUAUCUAAACUCCUUAUCAGGAAAGUUGUCUCCAAAAGCCAUUCGCACUGAGCUCAGAAAAUUGACGAGCGGAUCUCAAACGUACGAUGAUGCCUAUGACAAUACCAUGCAAAGAAUCAUCGAUCAGAAAUCUGUACAGGCCAUGGCACUUCAUGUUCUUGCGUGGGUAACGUGCGCCAAGAGACCUUUGACAGCCGCCGAGCUGCAACAUGGACUUGCUAUAGAGCUGGGCGAGUCACACUUUGACGAGGAUAACAUCUCUGAUAUUGAAGACUUGAUUUCGAUAUGUGCCGGUCUCAUCACUAUCACUGUGGAUGGGACAAGGAAUGUUAUUCGACUGGUGCAUUAUACCGCUCAGGAAUACUUCGAACAGAAGUUGGUUUGUUGGCUACCCGAGCCUCAGAAAGCAAUUGGAACAGCCUGCAUUACCUAUAUUUCAUACGAGGCCUUUGGAACAGGUAGCUGCUUGUCAGAUGCUGAAUUCGAAGAGAGACUCGAAAAAUAUCCCCUCUACACAUAUGCCUCCAGGAACUGGGGGUACCAUGUUCACGAUGAGCCGGUUGUGGACCCAUUGCUCUUGGUAUUUCUACUAGAUCAAUCCAAGACAGACGCAUGUGGACAAGCUGUUUUCGCUCAAAAGGGAUACGUAUCCCACGGGGAUUAUAGCCUUGAUGUACCUCUUGGUAUGACAGGCUUGCAUCUAGCAGCCUAUUUUGGACUUGCAGAGACGGCAAAAACCCUACUUGAGAGAGGCUAUAUUUUAUCGGUAACGGACUCACUGGACAAGACCCCAUUUGAAUGGGCAGCCACCCGUGGCCAUGACAAGGUCGUCAAACUUCUGUUGGACCGAGGGAUCGACGCAAAUCAACGAGGCCUCGGAUGUCGAUCACCUAUAGCAUUAGCGGCCUCUGGGGGAUGGAUCAGUACGAUCAAGCUACUUCUUGCUCAUGGCGUGUGGGUCGACUCUUGUUGCAAGCAUGAUCGAACAGCCAUCUCUUGGGCAGCUUCUGAAGGACAUAGAGAUGUUGUGCAACUUUUGCUAGAAAUGGGUGCCGCGCCAGAUUCAAAAGAUGAAGAGUAUCGAACCCCUCUUUGGUGGGCAGUUGCGUUGGAUCGGCCUGAAAUAGUGGUAGAUCUACUACAAAGGGACUGUGAUCCUAAUUCUAUUGACAUAUAUGGCCGAACUGCCCUCUGCGAAGCGGCGGAGAAUGGCCAUGUUGCCGUGGUAGAGAUCCUACUGAAGCAGGCGCCAAUACAGAUAUCAAAGACAAAGAUGGAAGAACAGCUCUUUCUUUCGCCCUGCAACAUGGUCAUGGCGAGACCUCCAGAAUACUUCGAGAGCACCCAUCAGAAACAAUGUGGUUCGGUCAAGGAACAACCCACACAAGCUUUGUUUUAA